GUUGCAAAAGUCUUGUCGAGUCUUAGGGAUAGUGUGAGCUGUUUCAAAUAGGAGUGAAAUUGUGUAUUGUUAAUCGGUAUCAUCGGAAAAAAUGGAUAUAAGACCUAACCAUACUAUUUAUAUCAACAACCUUAAUGAAAAAGUCAACAAAGAAGAGCUGAAGAAGUCCCUGUAUGCCAUUUUUUCACAGUUUGGACAAAUACUGAAUAUUGUUGCUAUGAAGACUCUUAAAAUGCGUGGGCAGGCCUUUGUCAUCUUUAAGGAUAUUAAUAGUGCAACCAAUGCUCUGAGAUCAAUGCAUGGAUUCCCCUUCUACGACAAACCAAUGAGGAUACAGUAUGCAAAAACAGAUUCAGAAAUUAUUGCCAAAAUGAAAGGAACAUACGUAGAGCGUCCAAAGAAACCAAAGGAGACUGAGGUAAAGAAGGGUAAGAAGAAAGUAGCCAGAGAGCCUCCUAAGCCUCAGCCACCUAGUCACCAGCCAGUGGGGAUAACUACAGGAUUCUCAAAUCAGAACCCUCCAAAUGUAGCUCCAGCUGCACAACAACCAGUAGCCCUGGCACCUGAAAUGCAGCCACCAAACCAGAUUCUGUUCCUUACAAACUUACCUGAAGAAACCAAUGACAUGAUGCUCUCUAUGUUGUUCAAUCAGUAAGUUUAUUUCUAUCUUUUGUU